AUGGCAUCGGCGAUCAUGAAGAAGGGAAUUAACAGUAUUGAAAGCAUGAAUCCGUCGUCUAUUUUGGUAGACAAUUCUGUUGAUAAAUUGGUAAACACUAUUCUUGAAGAAAAUGAGGAACAUGGACAAGAAAGUAUUGCCGACAUCAAACCUCGCUUGGAUAUGAUAUUUGAAUCCGAGGUAGCUGCUUAUGAAUUUUAUAAUGAGUAUAGUAAAAGAAUUGGAUUUGGUAUUCGUCGAGAAUAUGGGAAUAAAAGCAAAAAAGAUGGGGUUUUAACUUCAAGAAGAUUCACAUGCUACAAAGAAGGUACACGAAGUGUUGACAAAAGACGUCAACCGACUGGGGAGUCUACGGCAGAAACUAGAACGGGGUGUAAUGCACGUAUGGGUAUUUCACUUGAUCGAAAGAUAGGGAAAUACAAGGUUGUUGACUUUGUACUAGAACACAACCACCUUCUUCAACCGCAAGAGUAUGUUCACAUGAUUCGCUCUCAUCGUCGCAUAUCUGAGGUACAAGCAUCACAAAUUAUAAUGGGAGAUGAAUCUGGAUUAAGACCAAAAGAAUUGCAUGAAUAUAUGUCCAAGCAGGCUGGUGGGAUAGAGAUGGUUGGUUUUACAAGAACAGACGCUAAGAAUUUGCUUCGAACAAAAAGGAUGGACUCACUAAAGUAUGGUGAAGUGGGUGCAUUGAUGACUUAUUUCAAACAAGAAAGCAAAAAUCCAUCUUUCUUUUAUGACUUUCAAAUGGAUGUUGAAGAGCAAAUAACAAACAUAUUUUGGGCAGAUGCACAAAUGAUCAAUGAUUAUGGGUACUUUGGUGAUGUCGUUACUUUUGACACCACAUAUAAGACAAAUAAGGGUUAUCGGCCAUUGGGAGUAUUUGUUGGACUUAAUAAUCAUCGGCAAACAAUCAUUUUUGGUGCAACAUUGUUAUAUGAUGAAACAAUACCUUCUUUUCAGUGGUUAUUUGAAACUUUUCUCAAAGCAAUUGGUGGAAAAAAGCCUAAAACCAUUCUAACGGAUCAAGAUGCUGCGAUGGCAAAGGGUAUUUCUUUAGUUAUGCCGGAGACAUUUCAUGGAUUAUGUACUUGGCAUAUAAGACAAAACGCUCUAAGGCAUGUGAACCAUCUAUAUCAAAGGAGUAAGCAUUUUUGUUCUGAUUUUGAAGCUUGCAUAGAUCUACACGAAGAGGAAGAUGAAUUUUUGAAUGCAUGGAACUCUUUACUUGUUGAGCAUAAUGUUUUGGAAGGUUCGUGGUUGCAUAUGAUUUUUCGAUUUAAGGAAAAAUGGGCAUGGACUUAUGUUCGAAAAACGUUCACUGCAGGUAUGAGAUCUACGCAAUUAAGUGAAAGCUUUAAUGCUGAUUUGAAAAACCAUUUGAAGUCGGAUUUAAAUUUAAUACAAUUUUUUACACACUUUAAAAGGGCUGUCAAUGGUAAACGGAACAAUGAGUCAGAAGCUGAAUAUGAGUCAAGACAUAAGCUACCUAGAUUGAAAAUGAAGAAGGCUCGAAUGCUCGUCCAAGCCGGAAAUGUUUACACCCCAAAAAUAUUUGAGGAAUUCCAAGAGAAAUAUGAGGAAUAUCAAGACACUUGCAUAAAGGUGUUGAAAGAAGGUUUGUAUGCUGUCACAAAUUAUGAUAAUGUAAAAGAGAGGACAGUUAUGGGAAAUCCUAUGGAACAAAAAGUUUCUUGCGAUUGUCGUAGAUUUGAGACACACGGCAUCUUAUGUAGUCAUGCUUUGAAAGUGUUGGAUGGCAUGAAUAUUAAGUUAAUUCCUGAACACUAUAUACUAAAGCGAUGGACAAGAGAGGCAAGGUUGGGAAGUAAUCAAGAUUGGAAAGGGAUGCAUGUUGAACUAGACAUGAAAGCCCAUUUCAUGAAGCGAUACAGUGAGUUAUGUCCUCCAGCGAUUAAAUUGGCCAACAGAGCUUCAGAAUCUCAUGAAACUUACACUUUUUUGUCCAAAGUUUAUGAAGAGUCCAGCAAAAUAGUUGAAGAUAUGUUGGCCAAAAAAUGUGUGGAUGGAGAAUCAAGUGGAAUGGUUCAGGUAACCAUAUCACUUGGAAAUGAUAAAACUCAGAACAGCGUGGAAACUGUUGUCAAGGCAAAAGGCAUAAAGAAGCUAGAUUGUUCACGUUCCACUAAAAAACGAGCUAAAUCUUGGGUUGAGAAAGAUUCUAAAAAGAGAAAGAAAUACAUUCAGUCUCAAAAAAAGAGAAAAUCACAGGAAAAACAGUCGUUAGCGCAACCACCUAACCUCAAUUCAAUUUCUCUCAAUGGAACUCAUCAUCAAGCUUCAAUUCAAGGGACACAAUCAAGUCAAGCUAACAACGGAAUUCUAUGUCAAACUGCAAUCCAAGGGACACAAUCAAGCGAAGUUGAUAAUGGAGCUCAAUGUCAAGCUACAAUCCAAGGGGCACAAUGA